UUGACAGUGUUUUGCUGGGUUUUGUGUUCAUUUUACUUCGCUUUAGUGCAAUUGCAAACAAUACGUAAAAAGUGAGUGUUAAAAUAAACGAUGUCGUUAAGUUAUUUUUCAGAGGGAGAAGCACCCCGGGAUUUUCGCGUAUCAUCCACAGAGAGCGACGGACACUACACAAAAUGCCAGCUCUGUUACACGGUGAAAAAGAACUUCUUCUGUACAGAAUGUGUAAAAGCUGGUGGCUUCUCACACUCAUCAAUGCCAUACUCCGACAGAUUUCAUGAUAAACAGGUAAAAUUGCAUAGGCUCAAAGCAAACAGAAAACAUAUACUAGACAGAUGCGAGAAGCUUCUAGCUAAUAAAAUAAAGAAAGACACAUUACUGACAGAGGCUAAGUUAGCUAGAGACAAGAUAGAGUUAUUGAAACUAGCCAUAGAGCAGAGGCGUUGUAACAUAAGUGCAAAGAAGAUGGAAUUAACGGAGCUGAAACAGUACAAUGAAGAGUUGAGAUUGAAAUUGCCCAGAUAUCAGAAACGAGUUGCCGGAUUAGGAAAGCAUUCACAGGAACAACAGUUGGAAGUACAUAAUCGCAUGACACGUUAUACAGAACAGGCGGAAUCACUGGCCGCACUCCGGAGGUCUAGGAUAAGACAGCUCAUAAAGUACAUAUUUCCAAUAUAUAUGAGCUACAACAUAAGUGAUAGUAUAGAGGAUUUAGAGUUUGUGGGCGACGAGUGGGGCGCGGAGCCACCGAAGCGGUCGCAGCUCCACAUUGUGGCGCCCUGGCUCGAUACUGACGAAGAUGCAGCGGCCAUCGAGGCUUUAUUGUCGGACACCAAAGACAAGGACGCCGCGUACCCGUGUCCGCAGCGCCACCCCGUGCACCGCGCCAGCGCCGCGCUCGGUCUCGCCGCGCAGCUCGUCAUGCUCGCCGCCUGGACCAUAGACAUGAGGCUGCCUCAGGCUAUUGCGCUACACGAAUAUUUAAACUGGCGCGUAUCGGAGGGCGGCGCGGGGUGGCGCGUGCGCCGGCUGAGCAGCGCGUGCGCCAUGCUCUGUGCCGUGAGCUCUGUGCCGCCCGCGCGCGCCUGCCCGCUCGCCGCGCUGCACGAGCUCGCCGUGGCGGCCGCCACUGACGACCCCGCGCUGGGAAGGGUGGAGGCGUGGCCCAGCGCGGCGGUGCGCGCGGCGGGCGCGGCGUGGGGCGCGCGGCUGGGCGCGCCGCCCGCCGACGACGACACCGAGCCCGAGCACCUCAGCUGGCCCGAGGCCAUGCAGCUGGAGGAGGUGAGCGGCACGCCGCCGCCGCCCGCGCCGUCGCUCGUGACGUCGGCCGCCGCCUCGCUGGCCUCCAUGUGGCGCGGGUGGACCAAAUGACUGCCCGGGGUAUAAGUUGAAACAAAAUGGCGACCUCGCACGUGCUACAGCCAACCACGAAAGUACAUACAAUGUGGAAGCCAAAGUCGAAACUAAAUAGUUAGAUGGAAAUUGACCUUGAAUGACCUUUCUGAGUUUCAUACCUUUUUUAAUUGAUAAAUCGUUCAAUUUUCUUCUGUCUUUUUCUAAACACGCACAUUAGAAUGAGAGGGGAGAAAAAUGUAAUUUUUGACCGUGCCUUCAUAAAUUUUAAUAUAACGUGGCUUCCAGAUAGUAUGUGCCCUCCGUUUUAUUUACAUCUUUAAACGUGCGAUUAAGUCAACUUAUGUACCUGUCUUUAUGUAACUUGUUUACUGUGCCACGACCCACUAGAAUAAGAAAGAUUAUGGAAUGUAAAAAUUAGUUAAUUGUCAUAGAAUUCUAUAUUUUGUCUCAUACACACGUGAAAACAUUUACCGUAACGUGAAACGGUUUGUGAAAAUGAUUAUGUUUAGGUACAUAUUUUUUAUUAAAAAUGUUUAGUUGUGAUUUAGUAGCCAAUUUGCAAGGGAAUAAAAAACAAAUGUGGAUAAGCGAUACCUGAUUAUAAUUGCCGUGUGGUUCCCGGCACCAAUAAAAAAAGAAUAGGACCACUCCAUCUCAUUUCCCAUGGAUGUCGUAAGAGGCGACUAAGGGAUAGGCUUAUAAGCUUGGGAUUCAUAUUUUAGGCGAUGGGCUAGCAACCUGUCACUAUUUGAAUCUCAAUUCUAUUCAUAAAGCCAAACAGCUGAACGUAGUCUACCAGUCUCUUCAAGGCUGUUGGCUCUGUCUACCCCGCAAGGGAUAUAGACGUGACUUUAUGAAUGAAUAAAUAAAUUAUUAUAAUUCAGUCUAGAAAAAUUGUUAAACCUCGCCAUGUUACGUAAAAAUAUAUAUGCGAUAUAGAAAGUUACUGAAACAAUGUGGGGGUAAAACGUCAUUGCAAAUCUAUUAUUUUUCUGGUCAGCGAUAUAUUGUACGGACAGUCACCUACAAAAUUGCAUUGCAUUGCACAUUUUUCAAAAGUAGUUUCAUAAGGACUUUUGUAGAUGACUGUACGUACGCCAACCCCAAAGCUAACUGAAGUCAUGAAAAAUAAAAAUACUGACUAUCUAAAUAGAAUUGUAAUGCUGAUUUAAUACAAAACAAAAUUACUCCAAAAACGUAACCUAAAAACAUAAAAUCAAGAUAACAUCAUGAAAGUUUUAUUUUAUUUUUCUAGUCUUGAGGCUUAUCUUAAUAAAUAUGUCCUAACUAAUAAUUGUAAAGCGGCUAUUGCUUCUGAAAAGAUUGUGUGUAUGCAUAAUUUUAUAAUUUGAUUGAUUUAAAAUAAAUUU